AUGAAAGCUGCCACAUCAUCAGCACCAUCCCGCGGUAAGAGGUCGCUGGAGGCCCUGCGGGAGCAACGACCUCGAAAGAGGGAGAAAUAUGCAAAAAUGGCUUGCUCCCUAUGUAAGGUUCGAAAGGUCAAGUGCAGCGGUAACCAGCCUUGCAGCCGGUGUGAGGAGCUCCAUAGCGAAUGUACCUACAACGAGCCGUUCCAGCCCGAUGCUGCUGAGUAUGGCCCCUGGGUCUAA